AUGGCUCAUUACAAGGAUGGGCAAGUAUGCUGACUUUCAACUCCAAUCCACUCCAACUUCGUUUCAAAUUUUCGAGCAUUUAGAGC